AUGUUUAUCUAUUUAAGCAAAAAAAUUGCCAUUCCAAACAACACAAAUCUGCGAUGCUUAUCCUGGAAUCAUGAACAAGGAUACAUUGCGUGUGGAGGCGAAGAUGGAUUACUCAAGGUCCUUAAAUUGGAUAUACAGUCCGAUAACAAAGUUAAGGGAUUAGCUGCACCAAGUAAUUUGUCCAUGAAUCAAACACUUGAAGGCCAUGGAGGUUCAGUAGAAGUAGUAGUAUGGAAUAUGGAACAUAUGAAGCUGACAAGUAGCGAUCAAUUUGGGUUAAUUAUUGUUUGGACACUAUACAAAGGCCAGUGGUAUGAAGAAAUGGUUAACAAUCGCAAUAAAAGUGUUGUUAAAGACAUGAAGUGGAAUUUCGAUGGAGGGAAAAUCUGUAUUAUAUACGAAGAUGGUGCUGUCAUUGUAGGUUCAGUUGACGGUAACAGAAUUUGGGGAAAAGAGCUAAAAAUCCAGCUUUCAUGGGUUGAGGUGCGAAUUUAUAACCGAAUAAAUCUUGGAUUUUUUAGUGUUAAUGGAGAGAUCCAUAUUUAUGACAACAAUGGAAAUUUUACAUCUAAACUAGUUAAUUACUGCUGCUCGGAUACUUCUUGCGUUAUAGCUGGUCUUAAUUGGUAUAAUGGUUCCGAAGGAUAUAUAGAGCAAGAAUGUCAUUCUCUUGUUGCAUGUUAUGAUAAUGGAAAGAUGCAGCUAAUGAAAUCGGAAACGGAUGAAAAUCCGAUUAUCAUUGAUACUGGCUUGUCUAUCUCCACUGUUCAGUGGAAUCAUACUGGCUCUGUUCUUGCUGUAGGUGGUUUGCAACAAAAUCAGGAAAAGGAAACAAAUGUUGUACUAUUUUAUACCCCAUUUGGAGAUCACUUGAGAACAUUACGAAUACCAGGGAAGAAAUUAGCCGAUUUAUCUUGGGAUGGUGAUGGCUUAAGACUGUCAUUAGCUAUUGACAGCUAUAUUUAUUUCGCUAACAUUCGGCCUGAUUAUAAGUGGGGUUAUUGUGGUAAUACGGUAGUAUAUGCCUUCAAUAAACCCGAUCGACAAGAUUCUAGUGUUGUUUUCUGGGAAACUAAAAAUAAGGAGUGCAUUGUCAAAUAUAUAAAAAAUCUCUUGGGUAUAACUGCAUAUGGUGAUUACUGUCUAAUAAGCACUAAAGCACCUGAUGGUAGUGGUCAGUACGUUUUAAUUUUAAGUAAUGCUAUUGGCACGCCGCUAGAAACUAAAUACAUCGAUAUUAAGCCCGAAUACGCAGCUAUAACAGAUACUCAUAUCAUUGUUGCAUCAAAAGAAGCUUUUUACUCCUGGCAAUUUAAAACGCCUAAAAAGUUAACGUCGCUUGAUUUAGCUGGUACAAGUAAUAAGCGAAAAGAUAAUAGAGAAAGACUCUAUCACAUCGACGAUGUUCCAUCUGGUACUGGAGAGCGGCAGUCGGAUAGCAAGAGAGCUCGUGAGAAAACUAAAGAUCCUAUUUGCUGUAUAUGCGCUUCUAGUGAAUUGUUGAUUGUGGGACGCGAGUCUGGCACAAUUCAUCGCUAUUCACUACCACAUCUUGCACUAGAAAUGAAAAAUAUGUUAAAAUGUCGACCAUAUAGACUAUCGUUGAACUGUAACUCAACGCGAUUAGCAUUUAUUGAUAUUUCUGGUAUCUUAUCAUUCUUUGAUUUGGAUAUUGUAUCAUCUGAUGGCGAAAAAGGAGAACAACUCUCCUUUGAAAGGAAAGAUGUUUGGGAUAUGAAAUGGGCCGAAGAUCGACCUGACCUAUUCGCUAUGACAGAGAAGACAAGAAUGUAUAUUUUUCGCAAUAUGGAUCCAGAGGAACCGAUUACAAGUUCUGGUUACAUUUGUAAAUUCAACGAUUUGGAAGUUCGAUCCGUUUUACUUGAUGAAGUAUUUAAGGAUCCUGACAAUCCGACUAAUAACUUAAUUUUGGAUAUUGAAACACGAUCUUUACGUGAUACUCGAGAGCUUCUUGCACAAAGUGAAGUUGGUAUAGGCGAUUCCUAUCAAUUUAUUGAAGAAAAUCCUCAUCCUCGAUUAUGGAGACUCUUAGCAGAGUAUUCCCUUAGCAAUUUGGAUUUAAAAAUUGCUGAAAAGGCAUUUGUAAGAUACUUGGAUUAUCAGGGUAUUCAGUUUGUGAAGAGUUUGCAUAAAUUGGACAGUGAAAAAAAGAAGUUAGCCGAAAUUUCUGCUUACUUUAAAAGAUUUGAUGAAGCAGAAAGUUACUAUUUUGAUAUGGAUAGAAGAGACCUUGCUAUCGAUAUGCGUGUUAAACUUGGUGACUGGUUCCGUGUAUCUCAAUUACUUAAAACCGAAGGGGGUGGAGGUGAUGAUAAUUUGGUGAGGCAAUCACAUAACGCAAUCGGCGAUUACUAUGCAGAUCGGCAUCGUUGGCGCGAUGCAAUUCGACAAUAUGUAGUGGGACAUAAUCAGAAUCGUUUAGCGGAAUGUUACUACAUGUUAGAAGAUUUUGAAGGUUUAGAUAAUUUAAUGAAUUCUGUACCUGAAAAUCAUCCUCUACUAGCUGAAAUAGGGAAUAUGUUUUUCACCGUUGGGAUGUGUGAACCAGCUGUUCGAUCUUACAUGAAGUGUGGUAAAAUAAAGAUGGCAAUUGAUACAUGCGUAAAUUUAAAUCAAUGGGAUCAAGCGGUUAAUUUAGCUCGUGCCAAUAAUAUGAAGGAAAUUGAUAAUUUAUUAGCAAAGUAUGCUUCUCACUUGCUUGAAAAGAGCAAAGUAUUAAAUGCCAUCGAAUUAUAUCGUAAAGCAAGUCGCCACGUCCAAGCUGCUAAAUUGUUAUACCAGUUGGCUAAAGAAAGUGCUGCAGUUGGCAAUAAACCAAUGCGAACUAAGAAAUUAUACACUAUACUAUGUAUUACGGUACUUCAAAAAUUGCUUGAAUUAAAAUUCUUUAGCCUUUUUGUAGAUGGAGAUAGCAUGGAUGGAGAUACCAAGACAAUGGACAAUGCAUGGCGUGGAGCUGAGGCAUUCCACUUCUAUUUAUUGGCUCAGAGACAACUCUAUGAUGGCCAAUUUGAUGCAGCAAUGAAAACGGCUUUACACUUACGCGAUUUUGAAGACUUCAUUGACUCCGAGAGAGUUUAUUCGCUUUUGGUCUUGGCUAGCAUUUCUAAUAAAUGCUACGGAAUAGCAUCCAAGGCCUUUAUAAAGUUAGAGAGUAUGGAAAGUUUUACUGAUAGUCAGAGGCAGAGUUAUGAAGAUCUUGCAUUAGAUAUCUUUAGCAGGCAUCCACCCAAAGAUAUCCGAAAUAAUAAGGCGGAAUGUUCCCAUUGCGAGACUCUUAUCCCAGAUUACUUACCAGUUUGUCCGAACUGUGAGAACAAUUUUCCAAUUUGCAUUGUCACAGGUCGGCCAGUAAUGAGUUAUCAUUUCUGGAUGUGUAACGUUUGUAAGCAUAAGGCUUUUGAGCAGGAAAUUAUUCGCUUACAAAAUUGCCCGUUAUGUCAUACGCCCCUCUAUAAUAAAUCGCAAUCUAAUUUAAACGAUAGCUAUUACUAG